AUGUCACUUCCGUCAUUCGUGCAUCUCCCCCGUGAGGUUCACCUCCUGAUCGGAAGGCACCUCCAGCCUUCUGAGAUGGAGGGCCUCAUCCUCUCGUCAAGGCACAUGCGUGUCACCUAUUGUCAAGCAUUCUAUCACUCACUCGCAUUUCGUGGAACGAAAGCAGAUCUGAUGGGAUACCUCUAG